UAUCCAUGGCGCUUAACAGCACCUUGCGUAAUGUUAUGAACUAAUGUUUACAUUUUAAGCUUUACAACUAUUUAAAAACAAGGGUUUUAUGUUCUCGUCUUUAAAAAUUAACAAAAAUGACCAUGGAGAUGAAAAUCUGCAGGGUGUGCUUGGAAAGUUCCAAAGAUCUCAUUGACAUUUUCCAAGGAAGACGAAAACUGGAUAUUGCGGACAUGAUCGCGCAGUGCACAGGCUUCGAAGUCAAGCCUGGCGAUUCCCUUCCGGAAACCAUAUGCCCUCCCUGCCUGAAGGACGCACAAAAUGCAUCCACUAUAAGGCAAACCAGCGAGCGGAGCCACCAGUUCUUCUGCCAGGUUCGCGAUGAGGGCUUGGAAGAAGCCCUGUGCGCCUUGCUCGAGGAAGAGGAUUGGGAUAUGUCGGACAAUGAAUCUGAGGAAACGAAUGAUGAAAAGACCUACUCCAAGGAAUCACCAUUUGAGUGCCGCAAGUGCGGCAAGACCUACAAGCUUAGGGUGCAGUGGCUAAGACACAAGAAAUCGCAUACAAAAAACUUCCCCUGCGAUCUGUGCGCAAAGUCAUGUAGAAGUAAGCAUGAGCAGCAGGUGCAUAUGAACACCCACACGGGCAAGCGUCCGUACAAGUGCACCCACUGCUCGAAGGGCUUCGCACAAAAUGCCACUCUACAGUCGCACAUCCGGACGCAUACCGGCGAGAAGCCGUACAAAUGCGACCAGUGCGCCAAGUCCUUUGUCAAGUCAUCAGAUCUUCGGCGGCAUAAACGCACCCACGAGGGCGUCCGGCCGCACAAGUGCUCCGAUUGCUCGGCGUCGUUUACGCGAAAGGCUCAUCUUCAGGAUCACAUGAAGACCCACACUGGUGAAAGACCGUUCUCCUGCCUGCACUGCUCCAAGACGUUUGCGGUGAAUUCAUCACUCCAAAUACACAGCCGUACGCACACCGGUGAGCGACCGUACAAGUGCUCUAAGUGCUCCAAGACCUUCAGUUCGGGCACCACCCUCAAGGAUCACAUGAAGACGCACAGCAAGGCGAAGUCUUUCAAAUGCACUCACUGCUCGGCGAAAUUUGCGCAAAAGAGGGGUCUUCGUAGACAUUUGUUAACCCAUAAAGAUUCUGAUUCCCAUUCAGGCUCUGAGUAA